GAGCAGAGUUUCUCGCUUAUAUAGACGUCCCAUUCCUUCCUUCACAUGCAACUCUAAAGUCUAGAGAGAGAGAGAGAGAGAGAGGUACUCAGCGUCUCAGCCACAUUGGUCGCCAUGUCUAGUCCAGCUUCUGUAAUUAUCUUGUUUUUUGCACUAGCAGUACUGGCAGCAAUGAGCCCAAAUACUGCACCACAAGCUGAGGCCGCUCGAGCAUUCUUCGUGUUUGGCGACUCGCUCGUGGACAAUGGCAACAACAACUACUUGGUCACCACCGCGCGAGCUGACUCUCCACCGUACGGCAUCGACUAUCCCACUCAUCGCCCCACCGGCCGCUUCUCUAAUGGCUUAAACAUCGCUGAUAUCAUCAGCGAGCAGCUCGGAUCCGAGUCUACAUUGCCGUACUUGAGCACCGAGCUCACCGGACAAAAGCUGCUUGUGGGUGCAACCUUUGCUUCCGCCGGAAUCGGAAUCCUCAACGACACCGGAAUUCAGUUUGCAAACAUCAUAAGAAUCUCGCAGCAAAUGGAGUUCUUCAAACAGUACCAGGAUCGUGUUAGCGCUAUGAUUGGACCGGUGGAGACAAAGCGGCUUGUCAACGGAGCGCUUGUUCUGAUAGUGCUAGGCGGCAACGACUUCGUUAACAACUACUUCUUCACUCCUUAUUCUGCCAGAAGGCUCCAAUACUCUCUGCCUGAAUUCUCCAGCUUUCUCAUCUCCGAGUACAGCAAAAUUCUAAUGAGGCUAUAUGAACUGGGAGCCCGCAGGGUACUGGUGCCAGGAACUAGCCCAUUGGGUUGUGUCCCGGCAGAACUAGCCACUCAAAGCACAGAUGGUGAGUGCGCCGAGGAACCCCAACAGGCUGCCCAAAUCUUCAACCCACAACUGAUUCAGAUGAUCAAAGACCUCAAUCAACAGCUGGGCUCAGACGUCUUCGUCGCUGCUAAUUCGAUGAGAAUGCACAGUAACUUCAUCAGCAACCCCCAAUCUUUUGGUUUUGUUACAUCGAAGAUGGCUUGCUGCGGGCAAGGACCCUACAAUGGUAUUGGUGUUUGCAACCCUACAUCAAAUCUCUGUCCCAACAGGAAGCUCUAUGCGUUUUGGGAUCCAUUCCAUCCCACCGAAAAGGCAAAUCGGAUCAUUGUCCAACAGAUGAUUACCGGGUCUAGCGAGUACAUGCAUCCCAUGAACCUCAGCACCAUCAUGGCUAUGGACUCCAGAAACUGAAGCUGAAUUACUCCUAAUUUUAUGGAGAAGGACAUACCAAUAUUUGUUUAUCUGAGUAAUCAUUUUGCUUAAUUAUGUGCUGUUGUGUUUGAACUCUGUUCCGUUACGGGUAAAAUGCACCUUUGUUGGUCCCUGGUUGAAAUGUAAAGCGCCUGGAAGUAUGCUUAGCAGCUUGAUUUAAUAAUCGACAUAUUAGCUUAGAGAGAUGUAUGGAAAUGCCAUUCUAUUGAAUCAUUGCUAUUAUUAA